UACACCGGUGCACUAGUGAAGCAAAGCGCGGACGAUCAAGAACGUCUCACACGAGUUCUCCCUGUUGGUACGGUUGGUACGGCCAGAGACGUUCAAACUCUCGGUACUAAUUUUUUCCCCCUAGUGUACAUUGGAUGUCCCUGAGGAGAGGACACUGUGAGUGACAGAAGGAUUUAGUCUGUUUUUUUCGUUGUGACUGCUGAUGCGUUCGCGCUGGCCGAGAAAUUAUUUUUUUGUUGUUCACAUCAUCUGGAAUUAGGCAAAUUUGCCCUUCCAACGGGAGUUACAUUGACUCAGUCGUGUGUUCAAAAUUUCGGUUCGGAAAAAAAGGUGCGCGAAGGGAGAGGAGAAAAAAAAACCCCAGCGACAACUUGUACAGGAGCUAAAGUGCUACUGACUGUGAUUUUUUUUUUGAGAAUGUUAUACUGAAAUGUGACUUAUUGUGGAGACUGUGGUGAUUUUGUUUAUUGAAAAAAAAAAUCGUGAAGAGCAGCGAGAGAGUGUGUGCUAAAGAGUGUUUAUACGUAGCUUAGGUUUUUGUUCUAACUUUUUUAUUUUCCAUCCUAAUCGAUACGUAAGCUAGCUCUAGUACCUACCAUAAGUUUUGUUAUCUAAGACCAGACGUAAGUGUGUGCGAGCAUUUUGGAUAAUACAAUUUCUAUUAUUCACUCGGUUUAAGCAUUUAAGUGUAAGUUCCGGACCCCCUCUCAGCCAUCUGCGUAACUAAGAUAUCCCGGAUGGCGUGUAAACGGUGGUGAACAAAGAAAAUCGUUACAUAAAGGCUGCUGCAGUUCAGUAUUGGAAAAUUGCCACCCCGGAAGAGUGCUUUGUACAACUACAGAUGUCAUAAAAACAAACACCCAAGUGCAGUGUGAAACCGGAGGUAGAAAACGAAUAAAAAAAAGUGCUAGACAAAAGUGAGGAAAAAAAUCGUUUGGAGAAAAAUCCCAGAAUCAGUGACGAACCUCCCGCGUGUUAUCACCUAGUUCAAGUGCUACUUACCUACCUACACAAAGUUUGGAUUGUUUUGUUGUUCGUUUAGUUUCAAAUCGAAACCUGCCCGUGGAUGGAAAUCCUAGCAUCGCUUCCCGAUCCGGCAUAAAGCAGCUUCAAUGUCGCCAAAAGCUGGCAGCACAUUCUCGCACAUAGCAAAGAUUGGCAUUGGUUUAAAAACUCAAAAGUCCCAUCGGAAGGUCAAAUAACCUCCCCCCUCCGCCACAACAGAAUCCAAUGUGACAGUUUGAAAACCACGUUGGAGGAUUUCAUUUUCUCGGAGAAUUGGCUGGAAUUUUUUUGGAAUACAAAUCACACACGCGCACCCAUCAUAACCACUCCACAAUCGGGGAUCGGAAAAAGAACACAAGAAACCACGUGACGAUCUCUAUAAAACCAGGCUGGAUCCCAAGAUCCCUGAUGCGGAAGAACUGACGGAAGCAGCAAAACUCCAACGCCUCCGGCAUACACAAAACCAAGGAUUUCGAACAAAUUCAACCCUGAUUAAGGAACGCGAUCCAGCUAGAGACAGGUAGCACCGAAAAAUCAAAAUCCCACACCCACCCAGGAGGAAGCAAUUCGAUAUUGAAAAAAUUUAAUCUGACCACUAAUUUCGUUGGAUUACCUAUUGCCUAUUAUUACGUGUCGUCAUCGUCGUAAAAACCCACCAAGGAAGCAGACCAAGCGUGAAGUAGCUUUGGCGACAAACAACUGAACCGCGAUACAGCCAGCACUUCGUGACUUCAGGAGAGACGCUGCCCGUGUGAUCCCCAAGAGAAAUGGCAGAAGGUAAUGGUGAACUGGUGGAAGAAAUGGCAAAUCAAAAAAUGGGCGAAGGCGCCGGUGACGGUGAACGGACAGAGGACUACACCAAACUGCUAGAAUAUGGACUCGACAAAAAGGUCGCCGGAAAGCUGGACGACAUCUACAAAACCGGCAAACUCGCUCACACAGAACUGGACGAGCGGGCGCUGGACGCGCUGAAGGAGUUCCCUGUCGACGGUGCCUUGAAUGUGCUGAGCCAGUUCCUAGAAUCGAAUUUGGAGCAUGUAUCGAACAAAUCGGCCUACCUGUGCGGGGUAAUGAAGACAUACCGUCAAAAAAGCAGAGCCAGCCAACAAGGACUUCCCACACCUGCAAUUACAGUACAAGCUAAGGGUCCAGAUGAGGAUAAAAUAAAGGCAAUUCUGGAACGCACAGGAUACACACUCGAUGUGACAACAGGACAACGAAAGUAUGGUGGCCCACCUCCAAAUUGGGAGGGCAACACCCCGGGCAAUGGUUGUGAAGUGUUCUGCGGUAAGAUACCAAAAGAUAUGUACGAGGAUGAGCUGAUACCGCUGUUUGAAAAAUGUGGCAAAAUCUGGGACCUCCGCCUGAUGAUGGAUCCGAUGACGGGUACGAAUCGGGGCUACGCAUUCGUCACCUUCACCUCGCGGGACUCCGCCUCGAAUGCAGUGCGAGAGCUCGAUAAUUAUGAAAUAAAGCCCGGAAAAUGUUUGAAAAUUAACGUAAGCGUACCGAAUCUACGCCUCUUUGUAGGCAACAUACCUAAAUCAAAAGGCAAAGAGGAGAUAUUAGACGAAUUUGGUAAACUAACAGCCGGGCUAGUGGAAGUGAUAAUUUACAGUUCUCCGGAUGACAAAAAGAAAAACCGCGGAUUCUGCUUCCUCGAGUACGAAUCACACAAAGCGGCUUCGCUCGCGAAGCGGCGGCUGGGCACCGGGCGAAUAAAGGUCUGGGGUUGUGAUAUAAUAGUGGACUGGGCGGAUCCCCAGGAAGAACCCGACGAACAGACGAUGAGCAAGGUCAAAGUAUUAUACGUACGCAAUCUGACACAGGACACGAGUGAGGAGAAGUUAAAGGAAUGUUUUGAACCGUUUGGCCGAGUCGAGCGUGUGAAGAAAAUUAAAGACUACGCUUUUGUACACUUCGAGGAUCGCGAUCACGCGGUCAACGCGAUGAAGGACCUGGACGGGAAGGAGAUCGGCGGUUCGCACAUUGAGGUGAGUAAGCUUGACAAUAUGAGGUGCUUUUGGGGGGUGAUCAAUUUUUUGUUUUUCUCACACUCACAGGUAUCUCUCGCGAAACCUCCGUCCGACAAAAAGAAAAAGGAAGAAAUAUUGCGAGCCCGGGAAAGGCGUAUGAAUCAGUUUCUGCAGAGUAGAAUGGGGAUAGCGGGUGAAUUCGUUCCUCCCUACAGCAUGUCGCCCCAGCAUGCCGGUAUGAUGCCAGGUGCAAUGCCUCCGAUGCGAGUUCCUAGUGGAGCCGGUGGUCCACGAGCUCCGAUGCGCGGCCCGAUGAAUCGUGGCGACUACGGAGACGGCCUGGAAAAAAAUGAAUAUAGAAGGUCGUCCUAUUACUGAAAGCAGAGAACUAGAAGAGAGAAGCCGACUCUAGAAGACGUUGUGUUCCUCAAUAUUACCGUUCCGGUGUGGUUGUUCAAUUAAAUCCAUCGCUGAGGACCAAUCCAUGCGUGGCUUGGUAGCCAUUUAAGUUUUUUUUUUUUUGAAUCAGCAGUGGAUUUUUACUAUCCGUAGUUAAUGACAGGAUAUCGCCUUAGAAAAUUGCUAGGGAAUUUGAAAUUUUGCUUAGGAAACUUACGCGUUUUUGAAGGAAAUUAUAUAGAUACAACUUUUAGGAGUGUCAAUGAAAUAAUUCGAUGUUAUAUUAGAGCCAUAUAAAACAGGAAAAAUCCAAUGCAUUUGCAUUUCAGUUCAAUUUUGUAGAAUUUUGUAUUGUAUGAAAAUAGAAUAAAAAUAUACUUGAAAGCGUUACGAUAAUUAUUGUUGAAAACAUAACAAUACACAUGUCUGUAUACCACUGUGACCUAUGAUUGGAAUUGUUUGAUGUCAUCAUAUCAAAAUGUCAAUCGCAUGAAAAAAUCUGACUUUUAUUCGCCUGGGGCGCAGAAAAAAAAUAUGAAGAAAGAAGAACCUACUUUAAAAGAUUCCGCAUAUAAUAACCCUAUUCAAUAUGGCGAGUCGAUCAAUUUAUCUCGGCUCCAAUCACUGUCGAAUCGAGCGAAACAUUAUACUCCAGAAGACGACUGUGUUCAUUUUGAGAACUGGAAACAAACAUAAACCAAACAUUUUCUAGGUUAUUCUUUUCACAGGCCCGAAUUCCCCAAACCAUAGCAAAAUGUACGAGUCGAGAUUUUUUCUUCCAAAAUAACAUGUUUCGUUCUACCGAAAAAAAUUGGAGCAAUAUUUUUUCACUCAUCCAACGGUUCAUGACGAAUAUUAUCAUAUCUAUCUGCAUUUAUUUUUCUUAACAGUUGUACAACACAGUGAUAUAGUGUUUGGGAUGAUUGAAACUGGAUGGUGUUGAUCUUCAUAACGCAAUAUUUUGGUUUAGAGUUCUUUGGAAGUUGAGAUAUCUGACGUAUGAAAUAUCAUACGCUGAGCCGAUACAGUAUCAAAAAUGGAAAUUAUUCGAAUAUCGAACAAUGCGGUUGUAUUUCAUAAAAUUCAACUUCAACAACCAUUUUCUUAACAAACAAUAAACAAAGGAAGCCUCAUAUCAACAGUCCCGCUGUGAACAGCCCAACUGUUAACAUUCGAACAAUAGCAAUAUUCUUACGCCGAAAAAAGGUAAAACAAAUGUUUAUCGAUAGAUAGCGAUACUCUUACGCCUCAAAAUGAAAUUUAUCUUAAGAUAAAAAAUGUACACGAAUGAAUUCGGCUCUGUUACAGCUGAAUUGCUAAAUGAGCCUAAUAAAAUAAACUGUUGGGAUAGAACCAUUUUCAUGGUUUAUUAGCACUUUCGUGUACUGCCGUUCUACGCAUAAUUGUCCCACGGUUCAUCGGGAUUGCAUAGAACAUAGUACAGUGCGUAAAACGGCAGUGUAUCGGAUUUAGUAUCACUGAGUAUGGUACCGGAAAAAGCACUCCGAAGGGUGCAAACCCACAUCACACUUCAAGCAAAUAUACGUCGUACAUCGGUUGCAAUACGCACACCUUCGUUGGGUACCAGUUGGAUUCGUAUUAAUGAAAUGAUUUAUUCCGUCAAACCUAACUUCCGAUGACUUCGAGUGUUCAGGCUUGAUCUGCAUGAACUCGAUCCAUGCUGGUUUUAUGUCACUCAUCCGAAGUUAAGGUCAUUUUUCCCAGUGUCUGGCUCUCCGCUUCUUGCUGCUGCCCGAAGAGCAUUCUUGUGAUUGGCCUCGUUCAAUGUUGCCUUCGACAAUCACUUGUUUGCCAAAACCGGAACCGUCCUCCGAGUCACUAUCUCCAGCAUCCACAUCGCUGUCUCCACCGCUUGGGGCACGAUGACAAGGUCAAUAUCAUUUGUUGACACUAUAUUUUCGAAAGCGUCUUCGUCCAAAUCAAUCAGAUAAUUGUACAGCUCCUCCGGACUAUAGGGAAGCUGAUAUAUCCUAUUGGCGAUCUAACGCAAAACGUAAACGAUCGGUGAGACAUCUGGAUUUUGUUUUUGAACUAAGAAAAUGAUGAUAAGGUAACCUAAAACUCAAAUCAAAACACAUAUAUUUUACUUCCGGACUUUCCAAGGUAGUUCUCACAUGCAGGAAUCAUGCAUUUUUCAACUUGUUUUUGAUUGUGCUCUUCAAUUUCCUUUUUCAUUCAACCAUUGUUAACAUUUAUACAAUUUUCACUACUGAAGUAGGUAAGAAAAUAACAUGUUGUAUAUGAAAUUGCUCGGAAUUAAAUUUCUUCCAAACUCAUCGCAAUCAAAUAAUCUUUUAUGACUAUAACAUUGUGAUUUAUUGAAAGAACCUUCCAUAAAUUCACAUUGCAAAAUUUAAAACCAUCAUCACAUUCACCGCAGGUGUAGAUUUGUACGUUAGAUCGCCAAUUGAGAAAAUAAUAUACCGUAGUUGCACAGCGUAUGAAAUUUCAUACGCUCAAAAAUAAACAUAGAUUUUUUUUCGGUUUCAUAAAUUUCUUCGGAUUUUUUGCUAGAUAUCAUUUUUUACACUCGGCUAGUAGUGUUGUGUCACAGUUUUUAGCAAUUUAGAAUCCUUUAAGAGGUAAAACUUUGAUAAAUUUAUGUUUUCUUUUGCGACUCCAUUAAAAUCGAACUUUGCAAGCUUCAAUACACAACAAAACAACAAAAAUGACAGAUAAAAUGACUGAGAGUGAAUUGUAUGGGAACGAACUCUUUGAGAACAAAGUGUUUGCGGGCGAACUGUUGGCAAAAGAACGAGCGCAGCUGAACUGAUUUGCGCUAUUGCGUUUACGUGUUAUCGUGAUUGUUUGUAUGAUUGAUUGUUUGUCAAAAUGCUGUAUUUUUUUCUGAAUGAACCAUUAUGGAACAUGAUCCUGGAACAUGGAACCUGUGUUUUGUGCUAACAGAAAAUAUGAAAAAAUGCACAUAUUUUUUGUGCGCAUCAAAUUAUUACAUAUACUAAUGACGGCCGGUAAACAUAUUUUCACAAACAGUUUGCGACUUUUAAAGAAGAAGCUCCUUAUGUUUCCCCACUAGAAUUCAAAAAUAUGAAUCCCAUACGAAUCAAAAAGUCUCCUAUCCAAUCCAACGGUAUCAAUGAAUAGUUGUCUAUCGAUGUUGGGUUCCAGUUAACAUUUUAUGUUGUUUUUAAUACCGCUGAACGAAAGAGCGAAAGAACGGUUCAAAAGAACUUAUUCACUUAGAUGAACGGUUAGUGACUGAACCAACAUAAUUGCGAUGUUAUUGUUCGUCUAUGGGCUAUGGACACAAACCAAAAUAUUCAUUUUUUUUUUUUAUCCAAAAUAUAUAUUUUCAUUAAGGCUCAUAUGGCGUCAAACUGACGGGGCCGGGAGUUCAAUAUUAUUGAUCAAAAAGAUUGAACGUCUAUUGGCUGUUUAAGAUGUUGGCACCUUCCGAGCACAUAGGGUGAGAUAGGCCCUGCUACCGCCUAUCUCUACCUAUGUGCCCUGGAGAAAACAAACGUUUUACUGGCGGUCGUGUUCACGAGUGUGUAUUAACCCUUUGCGGUCGUUUUUCUACUCUCAGCCAUCACAGCAAGGAACAUACUAAAUACUUUAUUCACGAACAAUAGUUUACAUUUUAGGGCCUAUUCCGAGAGUAGCUUCACGAAGUAACAGACAAUUUGCGCACGUGUUUGUAUUCUGAGAAUCGGCGUAAUUAAAAAAAUGUCAGGGUCAAUGAACUCUUUUCAUUUCUCAUGGUACUUCCGAGUCACUCGACUCUUAGAAUCGGGUGAGAAUUGUCAUAUAACUCCGAAGGGAAAAAUGUCACUUAUACCGACUUGACUCUCAGAAUAACCCUCUUUGUCUAAGCGAAUUUAAAUGUCUAAUGAACUUUUUCACGAAUGUAUACGAAGUUUCUAUGAAUAAUAAGUAACGGUACUCGGUAUAAACAAGACUGCGUAGGAGUGAUUGGCUCGAUUUCGCUCUGGAAAUUUUCUGGAAUUUUUUUUUUUUUUUAAAUCGACCUCGUUAUUGUAGGCCAAUCACUAAAAAAUUCGAUUAAAUUUUGCGACUGGUCGAGUCAGACCAGCAUGCAAACUGUCAAAGGAUAACAAAUGCAUCAUCUUUGCAUUUUUUCGGGUAUCUAGAGCAUGGUUUGUCAUUAAAAUGAAACCUUACAACUCUUCGCCUUUUUUUUCGCGAUAUAGAUUGCUUACCAUUACCUUCCUUGAAUAAUCAAUUAACUUUUGCUAUAUAUUUUCAAAUCAAUCACAUUGUUAACGUAGGCCUACGAAAUUAUUGAAUUCGAUAAGCCUGUUUAUCAUUUCUGAUGUCGUAUUAGUAAGGAAUUAUUUAUAUCUCUCAUCCGAUGAAACGUGACAUCAACAGAACUUAUGCUAAGGACCGUAACGUUACUUAUGGUACUCUUAAACCAUAUUAUUCUUUCAAAUAUUCUAUUUAUUUUCCAGUUCUGAUAACAAAAUAACAUUUCUUAGGAAUACAAAAAAAAGGUUACGUUAAAGAUUAGUUUUUUAUUUAGAUGUCCUUCAUAAGUCUCUUGACAACCGUCUCACCGAUGUGUUUUGCUUAUUUUCACUCAGUCCUCCGCUUUCGGGACUUCUGUUCCUCGCUUUACAUGGCAAAAUUGUACCCUGUAAAGUAAACUUGCCUUAUUUUUGCUGUGCUUGGCACAUUUUUGCUUUCUAUAUGUCUUCAGCGAGCUACGUUCCUAGGCUAAGUGAACUACACAGAUUGAAGUUCCACACUUUUGCGCAAUCCCGUGUCGGUACUUCUUUUUUUCUCUCAAAUUGUCUGCGAAAAUUUUCCUUAUAUGGAAUUUCAUCCAAAAUCGAUUUAGACGGACCAGGUUUCCUACCACAACUGGAUAAACCCUUUAAUGUGUUAAUCAAAUCGCAAGGGCGCUUACUCCUUCCGCCUUCGUCCGAUACACAGAGUAUGCGAUGAAUAUGGGAAUAUAUAGCCGGUCCGAUUGAUUUUAGAAGAAUUUUGUAGGCUAACUUCUCAGGUUUCUGUCCAUGACGACCGCGACAUUUCGCUUCGCCGGAAUAAAAAUCACUCUCCAUCACCUUCAGCCUUUGUUUCUAAGUUACAGCUUCCUGUUCCGACACGACAGGUCUUGAAUUACUUUUUCACAUGAUAAUGUCCAUCUCCGCUAGGUAUUUUUUUACUAUCUGACCCGUUGCUCCGGUCUCCCGAUCCAUAGACCGGGACGAUUUAGAACCCUUUCCCUCCAUCUUCUGCAGUUACAGUUGAAGUUCGCAUAGCACCAUCGGACGACCGGAGCCAAGCUUCCGUUCAAUGAUCUCAUUAUUCUCCCGAAAUGUAAGGAUAUAAGGAUAUAGAUACCGGAACGGGUGUAUCUAGCGGACUCAAAGUUCUUGACAAUGUGCACUUUCUUCGCACCGGGAUGGAGCUAGCGAUACGCACAAACCAUGGAACGCAGUUGCUUUACUAUGUCUUCACCAGAACUGUUCACGUUAUCAAAAAUCAAUAAAAUUUGAAUGAAAAUUCAUACAUAAUUCAAUUUUUUUCUCUAUUAUAGUGACUUUCAACACAUUUCGGCUGGUUCGUCACUUUUACUUCCAUUUUUGGAAGAAUGUUAGGAGUGAGAAUUGAACUCGUGAUCUCUGCGUGAGAGAAAUCACGCGUAUUCUAGAGCUUGCCACUCAGAAUGCAUUCAAGGCGUGUUAUUUGGCAUAGAAAUCUCAACUAAGUACUAAUAAAAAUGACGCAAGUAAUACUACGUUGAGACGGCGACGUUCCUCUAGGAACGUUAGUGCCAUUGAAGAAGAAGAAGAAUUUUUUGGUUUUGUGCUCAUCACUGUAAGCACGAAGUUCCGUCACAAGCACUAACUACCGUCAUAUGCUCUGAGGAAGCAUGAAGGAGAGAUCUGAGCUGAGGAAAAGAUGUGAUAUUUCUCAGUUUUUUUACAUGCGAACUGCGUAAAAAAACACGUUAAUUGGAAAAUCCACGUAAAAACCGCGUAAAAAAACACCUUUUCGCAAUAAAUAGAACACGCGUCAAUGGGACCCUGAUAACGUGGGACCAUAUCACCAGCCGCUAAUUUCGGUGAAUUUUUCGGUGAACACUCGACGAUGUACGAGACGUGUGUCUCCUGCAAACCAACGGUGGAAAUAAGAACCUAACAACUCUCCCAGAAGGGGGUCUCCGUAACCUAAUUGAUUGCCCCAGUGAUCCCAGCCUCUCACUCCACAUACGAUCGAUCUGCUGCAUCGGCAAUUGAUGCUAUUUAUAAACACAACAAUGGAAGCCUCAUAUAUACAUACAGUCCCGCUGUGCCCAACUGUGAACAUUCGAACAAUAGGAAUAUUCUUACGCCGAAAAAUGCGACAUGUGUUGUGUAUCGAUAGGAUGAGAAUACUCUAACGCCUAAACGGCUAAUGUGUAAUAGAUAAAAAUAUGUAUCGAUGAGAUAGGAAUAUUCUUACGCCUAAAUGGCUACUGUGUAAUAUACAACAUGCGAAAAAUGUACACGAUAACUUCGGCUCUGUUACAGUUAAAUUGCUAAAUGAGCCUAAUAAUAAAAAAUAAAAAACAGAUGUGAUAAAAAUACCCUCCUAGAAGUAUUUGGUGGUGUGAAAUUCGUCGCUGUUUCAUUAGAAUGGUCACAGUGUGUAGCAUACAGCAAAGCCAUGAUAGGAAUCUCGAAAAUGAUCAGUUUCUAGACAGGAUAAGCUAUACAUUAGAUGCCCGUGGUAUAAUAAUUAAUGAUCCAGAGAAAAUGUCAACGGAGAUGAAUCUAUCGUAGCUUUAAUUAUACUAUGAUCACCGAAUCCCGUUUGAUAACCAAACGCCGCUGUGAAUAAAACAAAUACUAAUAUUUUACCAUUUUUUUUCUUUCUCUCUCCUGUCUAUCUCUCGAACGCUUCGGUCACCUUCCACAAAAAAAAACAAUAUCCGAAACCCUCACGCA